AUGCAAUAUGCAGAGUUUCUACCUCGACUAAACCAGAUUACAAUUUCGGUGAGCGAGCUUGGGGUUUCCAGUGACAAAGUGAGUAAAGUGGAGCUCGAAACGGGCAAUUCAGUUUGCAUAUUCGUUAGCGAUUCUUCAACACCACUACGGAUUAGGUUGCCAAUCGAUGUAGAGAAUAUUCAGUUGAGAAGCAGGCGGGUAAUUGAGUCGACGUUGACUUUAUCACUAGCAGUCACCGCCGCGCCGCGGGAAGUCGAAGCUGAGAAGGAAACCGUCGAGAAAUGGUCAUGCAAGUGGUUGAGUUUGCGUACACCUCGAGUUGACGGUAAGAACAGAUUUGAGUUUGUAUGUCGCAGCUGCCAGCUUCCACUUAUUCAAUCGGGUAACCAUGUUUUCAAGGACAUGCCUACUGAGUUCUGGUAUGAGUUUAUGGAUUUCUGGCACUGUCACAAGCCCGAGGUUGAUCAGCCUACAGAUAAAGACUACGGAGUGUUGAAACCGGCAGAUGCAAAGACAAUCAUCAUUGGUUCAUUCUAUUUGCUACAGCUGGAAAAUCCCAACAUUGAGAAACUGCAGGAUGAUGACUCGGGGACAUUGGUUUGCAAAAGAUGCCGCCAUGCACUAGGCACAGUGUACCAGAAUAAUGUGCUUCGGAUUUUAAAGUGGAGGAUAAGCUUACGUUACAACAACAACGAGUCGAGGGACACUUCCAACUAUAGCGCUGUGUUUUAUGUGUUUGAUCUACUUCUGAACAGCAUCAGCUCUCAUGCCACUCGGAAGUUUAAGUUGAAAGUGGAGAAUGGGUUUUUGUACCUUUGGGUGAUGAGCACGGACGUUGAUAUUGCCAUCGGGGACCGAGUCUUGCGGAACAGUCUCAAAAUUUGGGUUUCGUCGCAAUUGCCUUCCGACGAAUCAAAACAUUAUGAAGAGAUUGAAAUUCCCUAUGAAGAUGCUAGAGACUGUUUUUUGCAGAGCUUGAGUGAGAACACGAUCAUCCCGGCAUUGCAAGUUGGCCCAACUUCGUACUCGGUUAGUGUGAUUUCUCCUUCGUAA